CUAAUGAUAAAAACAAGUAAAAGUUAUCGUCCCAUAGGUAACUUUGAUCUUAAAAGAAGAAUGUUCAAGCAGAUGUAUCUAAUUGAUUCACAAAAAAAGGAGUAAUUAUCAAGAAAUGCCAAUGGAGUAAGAUUUGAGUUCUAUUUCGAGGCAGUUAUAAUUAAAACAUUAUUGGGUGGAUCCAUGGAGUAUUUCUCUAUGCAAUAAAUGACCUAGUAAAACAAAACCUCUCUAAAACCCUACGCUCUGCGUUCACAAACGGGGCACAUCCAUGGCUUCCUCCGACUCCACUUCUGAAGGUUCAUCCAAAGUGCUGGCAACGUACCCCAACAAUUUAACAAACAAUAAUCAGUUCUUCGUUUGGAGAGAGUUCGUAUGGGGGGCAAUUGCAGGAGCCUUUGGGGAAGGAAUGAUGCACCCGAUUGAUACAAUCAAAACUCGCAUCCAAAGCCAGGCCAUUCUUACUGGAUCUCGGAAUCAGAAAAGUGUGUUACAGAUGAUCCGAACUGUGUGGACUACAGAUAGUUUGGCCGGAUUUUAUAGAGGACUAACACCAGGGAUCACUGGAUCUUUAGCAACUGGGGCUACUUAUUUUGGGGUCAUAGAGUCCACAAAAAAGUGGAUUGAACAUUCUCAUCCUAAUCUCGGUGGCCACUGGGCACAUUUCAUUGCUGGAGCUAUAGGUGAUACUCUAGGUUCAUUUGUAUAUGUCCCGUGUGAGGUGAUAAAGCAACGCAUGCAGGUCCAAGGCACAAGAAAGCACUGGACUUCUGUUGUGUUGAAGGAUGGGGCCCAUAUGAAACAUGGGAUGAACACAUAUGGUUAUUAUUCAGGAAUGUUUCAAGCUGGCUGCUCUAUUUGGAAGGAGCAGGGGCCAAAGGGUUUAUAUGCGGGAUACUGGUCUACACUUGCUAGGGAUGUCCCAUUUGCUGGUUUGAUGGUUACUUUCUAUGAGGCCUUCAAAAACAUGACAGUAUAUGGGAAACAAAAAUUGUUUCCCAAUUCAGAUGUUCAACUGAAUAGCUCUGUGGAGGGGCUUUUUUUGGGAGGACUAGCUGGGGGUCUAAGUGCAUAUCUAACCACACCCUUCGAUGUUGUAAAAACAAGAUUACAAGUACAGGGGAAAGCAAUAAGGUAUAGUGGUUGGUCUGACGCAGUUCAUAAGAUAUGGGUGACUGAAGGCUUGAGGGGGAUGUUCAGAGGCAGCAUCCCUAGAAUUACAUGGUACAUCCCAGCAUCAGCUCUCACCUUCAUGGCUGUAGAGUUGCUGAGAGAGACGUUCAACAAAAAAGAUUCUUCCAGCAAACUGGCGGGAAGUUCUAGUAGCGUAUCAGUCGACAAAAAAGAUUCUUCAUUACAAGAGGUCUAGUAAAGCAUUCUCACUCCCUCAUUAGAAAGACGUUGCAGUCACACUACCAUCUGAUCCUAUUAAUCCGAUGGUGUGUAGUUUUUUGUUAAAGAUUGACUGCUAACAUCUUAUGCUAAUGCAUUAUCAACCUUGCUAGAUGUAAACCCAAAAUUUGCACCAUACAAAUAUAACUUGUCUGUUUCACAAAGAAUACAACUCAUCUGAGACACAGAUGAGUUAUGUCCGU